AUGAUAGAGGCGCCGCCGCCUUCUCCGCCCUGGCUCAGAGCGAGGAUUCAGUGGCCGGGAGAGCUUGCAUCGGGCAGGUGGCAAGGAUGGGGCGCGCGACGGUGCUAAUCGCUGCGGCCACGCUCCUGACGGCCGUGCUGGCCAGGGACCCGUUUGCUGAAGACUGCAGAAAACAAGCAUACCCUCCAUCAGGACCUACGUUCAAAGGGGACGUUCCAAAGUAUGUCAUAAAUCUUGACUUGCCACCGAAAGAGAGAUGGGUCGAAGUGGUCCGUGCCAAAAAAACAGAGCUGAAGAUUGUGAUUGAGACUAUGAAAGCUUUAGCCAAAACAUUUUUCCAUAGUGGAAAAUUUAUACCAUCGUUAGAGUCUAAAAUGCUCUGGUUAAGUUCUACCCUUCCCUAUCCUUUCAAGGAAGAGAUAGAAGGCGUCGCUUCUGCUUCUGACAUUCAAUUAGGUGACAUAGUUUUGUUCAACAUCUUCUAUGAAGUCUUCACAGUGUGCACGUCGAUAAUAGCAGAAGGCCCCUCAGGACAAAUAUACCAUGCCAGAAAUCUUGAUUUUGGGCUGUUUCUUGGGUGGGAUGUACAAAAUAGUUCCUGGGAUACGACACAGAAACUGAAGCCGCUAAUGGUGGCACUGGAUUUUCAGAGGAACAAUAAAACAGUGUUUAAGUCUUCCAAUUUUGCAGGCUAUGUGGGAAUGGUAUCUGGAGUCAAACCGGGCCUUUUUACUCUAACCAUGAAUGAGCGGUUCAGUCUUGAUGGAGGUUACAUCGGACUCCUUGAGUGGAUCAUUGGCCGCAGAGAUGGUUUUUGGAUGGGUUUCCUCACUAGAAGCGUGUUGGAAAAUAGCACAAGUUAUGAAGAUGCAAAGGACAAACUGUCUAACACAAGACUCCUGGCUCCAGCAUAUUUCAUAUUAGCAGGCAAUAAAUCUGGGGAGGGGUGUGUCAUUACACGUUCUCGAGCUGCUCUCUUAGACAGUUGGAACUUGAACAAAGCAGAAGGUGUCUGGUAUGUGUUGGAAACCAAUUAUGAUCGCUGGAAGCCUCCGUUAAUUCUGGAUAACCGGAGAACCCCUGCAAUGCACUGCUUGAACGAAACAAAGCAAGAGAACCUCUCAUUACCAGCUCUGUACAACAUUCUCAGCACAAAACCUGUCCUCAACAAGUUGACUGUGUCUACAACUCUGAUGGAGGUUUAUGAUGGCCACCUAGAGACUUAUCUGAGGGAAUGCCCGGAUCCCUGUAGUCCCUGGUGACAGCCUGCACUUGUCUGUGGAGUAAGAUCCAUCUGAGAUGAAUUAUCUCCAGGGAUGGAAUUAGACAAAGGCCACGAAUCUCCUUAGCCUACAACGCAUAUCAUGAAUUGGGCUUCAGGGCCCGGAUGUGUCUUACUGCUUGCAGCCCAAACAACAAAUUGACUCUUCGCAUCCCAACGGGCCUACGUUCAAAUGUCUGCUUUUUGUCCAUGAAACCAAUCAAUUAGCUCUGGACCCCUGCUCCUUCACAUGCUAUUUCAUUGUUUAGAAGAUCCCACGCACGUUCACUCUGAAGUGAGUCCCUCUUUCUUCAGUAAGGCUUACUUCCAGGCCUGCAUGCGCGCAAGGUUGCAGCCUUCAGGCUGGGGAAACAGAACAAGACAACAGUUUGGAAGUGGCAUUGUGCAAAUUCCUUCAGGUGCAGACUUUCAAAGAAAAGAAGCACAGUGUUUGGCCUUGCUGUUCGCCUGCUCCGUUGACUACCGGCUGCCUCAAUGCUUCCACAGUAUCUUUUCCCAGCUUGAAGAAGUGCUAUGGGGAAGCUUAGUUCCCUCUUCCUUCCAUUUAAACUUUGGAAAAAGAGAGAACCACAGGGUGGUACAAUCCAGCCAGGGAGAGGAAUAGAGAUUCAAGUCUGGGGGGUGGGGUGGGGUGGGGGGUGAAAAAAAAUCAAGGGAACACACACUCUGUUUUUUUAGCAUUGUUUCCCCUUAAGUUGCAAACAUGAUAAAGGCUCUCACUCUUUCUUCGAGAGAGAAGGGUGGUCAUGGUGGUGGUAGUAGUGGUUACAGUAACAGCAGCGAUAAACAGGGGAGGCAAGAACAAAUACACACUUUCUAAAACAUGGACAGCAUCCCUUCAGGAUGAAACGUGCUCUUUUUUCCCUGGUGUUUAAUUGGAGGCUAUGAAUGUUUUAAUGUUGCCAGCUGGUAUUAAGAAUUAACAGAUCCUUGAUCAUUUUACAAUUAAACAAAAGAGGAAUUGGUCUGUC